AUGGCAUCGGAUACCGUUUUCGAACACCCUCCAGAUAGCGACAAGGCAAUGCAUCUGCCCCAGAGCGGAAACAAUCCUCUCGACUGGCUAUUGCAAAACACAACGCACGACUUUCACGUCCAGCACUCUAAAAAACGACUUGGUAACAGAGAGGGCUUCGCUCUGUUGGAUACACAGGAAGAAAACAUGGAAAAAGUACUGCGCGAACUGUUGGAAAUUAGAGGCCAAAUCGAAACGCUCCAGACACAGAACGCAACGCUCGAGAAGAAAAAUACGGUGCUUGAAAAGGAUACUGCAGCACUCCAAAAUGAUCUUUCAACGUCUAGAAAGGUUCAUAUCGGGGUACGCCAUGGGGUUCUGGAGGAGAGGCGAAUUUCCAACCGGGCGGGAGUCCGCAAGGACAGAGAAACCACGAGUAUUCGAAACGAGAUCGCAGACGGUGGUGAUAUCAUUGGCGAUAUCAAGACGAUCCAGUAUGCCCAAGAGCAGCAGCUGCCAGUAUCGUUUGACGAAGCCUUGACCCAAGCUCCAUCUUAUCCCCCAGAAGCUAUCCGAGCGUUCGAUAUCUUGGCCUCCGUUAGCGAACUCUAUGCUUGGCAGGCUCGUGAUCAACAAGGACGCCGAGAGAUUCUUGAAAAACAAGCUACUAAGAUUAUUAAAGCUGCAUUGAGCACCGAGAAAAACCAGCUGCAAGCACGUUUUGGAAAUGGAGGGGACUUGCGGGUGGGCUUUAAUGAGAUGGUUGGGUUGUUUAUGGCUGGAAGAUAG